UCUCAUUCUGUGCCUGCGAACAUGGCGGCGCACGUUGUCACGGCCCCGGGCAGAGCUCUGCUGCGGGCGGGCGCUGGGCGGCUGCUGCGGGGAGGCGCCCAGGAGCUACUGCGGCCGCGACAUGAAGGGAAGUCCCCUGACCUGGCCUGCGACUUCAGCCUCUCUCAAAAUCGGGGCACGGUCAUCGUGGAGCGCUGGUGGAAGGUACCGCUGGCCGGGGAGGGCCGGAAGCCGCGCCUGCACCGGCGACAUCGCGUCUAUAAACUGGUGGAGGACACGAAGCAUCGGCCCAAAGAAAACCUGGAGCUCAUCCUCACGCAGUCGGUGGAGAAUGUUGGAGUCCGGGGUGACCUGGUCUCAGUGAAGAAAUCUUUGGGCCGGAAUCGACUCCUUCUUCAGGGACUGGCUGUAUAUGCAUCCCCUGAAAACAAGAAGCUGUUUGAAGAGGAGAAAUUGCUGAGACAAGAAGGAAAAUUAGAGAAGAUCCAGACCAAGGCAGGUGAGGCGACAGUGAAAUUUCUAAAAAGCUGUCGCCUGGAGGUAGGGAUGAAGAACAAUGUCAAAUGGGAGCUGAACCCUGAAAUAGUUGCCCGCCACUUCUUCAAGAAUCUUGGUGUUGUGGUUGCCCCACAUACGUUAAAGUUACCAGAAGAGCCUAUCACACGGUGGGGCGAGUAUUGGUGUGAGGUGACGGUGAUGGCAGCUAGGAAUAAGGCCGACAGAGACAAGGGAAAUAAAAAUAAUACAACCCCUGCUUUGGUCUGGGCUUCUGUUGCUAUGGUGACAUUGACAAGUAACGCACAGGUGAGAGGUUCUUUCUACAGUGGAGCCAGUGCAUCGUGCAGGCCAGAGGGGUAGGACAUAACCACGAAAGACCCCCAAGCUCCUAGGCCUGAAAAGGACUUACUGAAGCCAUCUGGUCCACUCCCAUACCUCUUACCUGAAAUCAAGUGGAUGGGCAGCAAGUUCCCAAAAAUCCUCAAGAACAAAGCCCACAACUCCCAAAUCCCUUGUUGGGCACAUAUUUCACAAUAUCUACGACCCUGAAAGGGUUUUCUGUGGCUCAUCUCACAUUCUCUUGAUGUCCUUCCAGCCCAAUUCCUCUUACAAUUGCUUCUAUGGAAAUCAAAGUUAAUCAUCACCUUACACUCUGUACAGUAACCCAAGAAGUAAGAUAAACAAGAAAACAAAACCACAGCUGAAGCAUGGACUCGCUUGUUUCUGUGCCCCCGUGAUCAGCUGUGUUCUUCUCAGGGGGUGGGCACGACAGCCCACGGACCCAGCAAGAGGCCCCUGGCUGCCCU